AUGUGUGAAGAGGAAAAUUUCAAUGAUAUAGAUGUUGAAAAUGAUAAUGAUAUUGGCAAAGUAUUAGCUCAAAUGUGGAUUGAUUAUGCGACUCGAUUAUUAGAAAAAUUUCAAAUACUUAAAUGUCAUAUUAACUUAAACCACCCACUUGGAUUAGAAUUAGUUCAAGAACUUAAACAAAUAGAACCAUAUGAUUAUGGAAAUAUUAAUCAUUUUUCGAAAGAUUAUAUACAAGACAGAUAUAAUGCUGAAAAAGAAUAUAAAUAUACAAAAUUGAUUUGGGGUGAUGAUGAAGGCGAAGAUUGGGAAUAUUUAAAAGAUAUAUUAGUUCCAUUUUAUGAAAUUGAUCAUCAGGAACAAAAUAAUUGA